AUGGACAUUAUUCAAAAACAAAAAGCGAGUUUUGAAGAGGCUCUCCCGAUUCAUUCAUACUCCCCACCAUCAUCCUAUCAAACCGGAAUCAUUACUGAAACGGGUACCACAACGACCAGUACAUCAUCCAAAAAACAAAAGACGACGAAGGUGAACACCACGCUGGAACAACCACUACUCUCUCCCGAGGAUGAUGGAAAUUACAGUAUACAAUUUAUGCCAUCACAGCACCAUUCAACAGCUGCUGAUGCACAAUCUCAAUUUUGGCCAUCUCAAAAUUUCUCUGCAUAUUUUAGAAAUAUUUCAUCGGUAUUUAAAAGACGAAAAAUUGAUGCUAUUCAACGGGAUAAUCUUAUCAACCAAGCCUUGAAAAUUACAUUUGGAGGUACAGGGAUAUUUCUGAUAGUGAUCAUUAUUGCAAUGUUUGUGUCAUUAAUUGCAAUUUUAUCUUUACACGACUCUCAUUAUUUGAACCAUUUUGGAAAUACAGCAUUGAGCUUACAGAGUGUGGAUUUUGUUCUAUCAAUUAAGGAAAAGAAGCAAGAAUGGUUAUCGUUUUUCCCACUAGAUAACACGGCUUCCGUAAAUGUGAGUAUAGAUAGACCCAAAGUAGCUGCUUUGUCAUGUCUGACCACCGGCUAUCGAAAUGGCUGCAUGCUAUUUAUUGUUGAUGUUCUUGGAAAGAGAUCACUUCAAUCUUUUAGCAUUGCUCCACUGACAUACUUGUUUGAACUUGUUCAUAUCUAUAACAUGACUGUGUUUGUUGGUUCAACCUUAGAAAAUCAAUUGACAGUUUUGAAUACCGGACAGACGAUUGCACUCAAAUCGGUCUGUAGGAGAUUUUGCUUUGUCGUAGAACAUAAGAAUUUACUGUUUUCUGUAAAUCCAAGAACAGAGGAGAAUGGAAGUGUGCCUGUUGAUCUCGAUAUUUAUAGCAUCUCAUUUAACAAUACCACUUUAGAAUUAACCUUCGACAUAGUGAAAACUUUAGAACUCCCCAAUGUGUUUUUAUAUUCUUCAAAAAAUCCAUUUGUUGUGAGCGCCCUAAAGAUUGUGAAACGAAAUUUUGUUAUUGUUCAUUACCAGUCUUCCAAUUUGUUUAAAAUUGACUUGAAUACAUUAGAAAUUGUUGGAAACGCAACAUUAAACAUUCCAUUCCUUCAUCCUCCUUACACAGUGAUGGCCAUGCCUUACUCCUCAAACUUGGACAUUGACUAUACCGAUAUUGUAAUUUGGACUCUACGAGAAAACAAAUAUUUCAACAUGUUCGUUUUCGAUAAGGACCUUAAUGUGAUAGAUGCUGGCCGGAUUUCACUGGCGUUUCCAGAAACAAACGUUCUCUCACAUACUGCUAGCUUUUCAAAGUUAGAGAAUAAUGGAUUUAUAUUUUUGAAAAUAGGACAAAAAGAUGGAUUAUAUUCUGACUCUGGUAUUUCAAAAUUUACAAACUACUAUGGAAUUACUGAGGCACGGACGCCAAAAAACAUUAUCUAUACAGCAGGAACCUUUUUUUGGUAUAAUUCAACACUUAUUUCUGAAGGAAUUUUUACAGAUUCACUGUUUGGAACAUACAACAAUUACUUAAUUCAUACCAGAACGAAGGGAGUACAAGGUGAUUUGCAAAUGGAUACUCCUACAUUUCAAAACACCUUCUCUGUCGAAGACAACUUUGAAAUAAUUAGCUUAGAAAUUGGAAGAUUUGACAAGUCAGUAUUCGGCAUUGGGUCACGCACGAUUUCGUUACUCCAUCCAAUACAAGGCCAGUUCCAUAGAAUUUGGGACUUGUACAUUCCAUCUCCGUCUAAAAGAAUUCAAAGUUUCUAUAUUGGAGAAUAUCACAUCUUCCUAUUUGAUGAAUUGAUGAAUGUCCACAAGUUUGACGCCUUGUAUUUAAACCAAGAACGAUUUCUUGCAUAUCCUGAACCAGCAUUUUACUUUGACUCGAUUGUAAAACCAGUGCCUGGACAAGAUAUCUUAUUAUCUGCAGCUAUCUCGUACAGUGAGGAGAACGAACGAAUUAGUUUUCAAGUGAAAUAUGUGAACAUGAGUUCAAUGGAAUGGAUCGAAGGACCAAACAUGCAGUUCACGGAUUUGUUCUAUGACUUUAUUCCUCUAGAUAUUGAUCCAAAACACAAAAUGGGAUACUUUUUAGAGCUGUAUGACCGAAAGACUUUACUUAGAAAAAGAGACCUCUCUGAUCCUAAUCUCAGGAUUGUUGUGGAACGUGUUGCUACUGAAUCUUUUGAGCCAUGUGAAUUUAUCUUUAAAGUGGUUUCAUCAUCCAAUUACUUAUUUGUGGGUUGCGGAUGUGUUUUUUAUGUCUUUGAAACUCAUACAUUGACCUUACAUGCAUCUAGUUUUAUUAAUCAAUGCGAUGUUGAUAAGGAGCCAAAUUUCUCUGAUGAAGGGUUUGUUGACCUUUAUCUAGAAAAUGAUAGGUCUGUACUUGCAGUUACAAACAGAGGCCAAUUAUACAGAUACAAAAUUGGUGGCUGGUCUAACCAAGUCUAUGUUGAAGCUAGCUUUAGUCUCAAGAAAGAGUCUUCCAGCAACCAAAAUUUCACACUAUGUUCCAACAAUGGACUUGUAGUAGUGGGAGAAUUGAACAAAGAGUUGUCGUACAUUUACUCACUUGAAACUGUUACAUCUUCCAUUAGAGGUAUAUUAAUCUAUUCACUUACCUCCAUUCUAGUUGCCUCGCUGUGUUUCUCAACACUUUUUGGAUUUAUUUUCUACAAAACGAGAAAUACUUUGUUGAGAAAACAAAUGGCUGAAAAGAACUUCAAAGACAAGCUGGACAAAAGUGAAUUUAAUUAUUCAGCAUCAGGUUUAUCAUCUUCACAAAGUAAUGAUUUUUCUAUCAAAAUUGAAGAUUUGCAAUUUACUGAAAGAAUAUCUGAGGGAGCAUCAGGAGUCGUUUUCAAAGGGAGCUUCAAGGGAACCGAUGUGGCAAUUAAGAAGAUGAAAAUCACAUCAGAUGCAGAUGAUCAAGAACAAGAAAUAUUUGAAAAAGAAGUCUUUUUACUCAAAUCUCUUAGACAUCCCAAUGUUCUUUCAUUUAUUGGUGUUUGCAUUGGUUCGAGUGACGAGUUACAAAAUUAUCAAUUCAUUAUUACAGAAUUUAUGGAUAACGGAAGUCUCGACCGAUAUAUGAAAAAAUUAAGAGGAAAACUCUACAUGGAAAAGAAGUUAAAUAUUUUGAUGGAUAUUUGUAGAGGGAUGGUUUAUUUGCAUUAUAAGGGAAUUAUUCACAGAGACUUGAAACCCCAAAAUAUUCUUCUUACGAAGGACGGAACAGCUAAAAUUGGUGAUUUUGGCAUCUCAAGAGUUCAAAAUACUCAAAACACGAUGACAGGCCAGACAGGUACACUCGAAUACAUCUCCCCAGAGGUUUUACAACAAGUUAGAUAUUCUGAAAAGUGUGAUGUCUAUUCUUUCGCCAUGAUCAUGUAUGAAGUUUUAUUUGAAUGUAAACCUUAUGAAAAGAUUUCAGAUUUGAACAUGUUCACACUUGCGUUGAAAGUUUUAGGAGGACUCAGACCAUCCAUUCCCUUUGACGAGGAAAAAGAUGAACAAAUUCUGGAAUUCAUCAAACAAAAUGGCAUUUCCACCACUCUCUCGUCACAACAUUUACCACAAAUUAUUCACGACUAUGUCAAACUCAUGAAGCAAUGUUGGUCCGCUGAUGAUGUUUCUCGCCCAAGCUUUGAAGCUUUAUUGGACAAAUUUGCAUCCAUGAUGGGCUUAUUGGACCGUUAG